AUGACACAAUGUGCUCCAAAACAACUGUCCGCCUGCCUUCCACAGAUCGUGCCUCGUCUUCUUACUGUGCUUCUUGAGUCUCAACCUCAGCUUCGCCAAGCAGGAGGCAAAGCACUCACGCAAAUUGGAGGUGUAAUUCGAAAUCCAGAAGUCCAAGCUCUUGUGCCUCGAUUGAUUACCUGUCUCCAAGACCCUCUUGCCAAUAAGACAUCAUGUCUAUUGGCGCUUCGUGACACUUGUUUUGUGCAUGUUAUCGAUGCCCCAAGCCUGGCGCUUAUCAUGCCAGUGGUACAACGUGCUUUCGAUGACCGGUCCACUGAGACACGUAAGAUGGCCGCUCAGAUCUUCGGAAAUCUCUACAGCCUGGCUAAAAAAGAGGACCUCCAGCCAUAUGUUGGUAGUGUGAUGCCUGGUCUCAAGACUUGUCUUCUAGACCCUGUGCCAGAAGUUCGUUCGGUAGCAGCACGUGCGCUUGGAGCAAUGGUUCGUGGCAUGGGCGAAUCCUGCUUCAAGGUCAGUUUUUUUCCCAUCGCAUCCAUGGCUAGCUUUUGCGCCUCCGAAUUAUUUACUAUAAUAUUCACCUUGAUCCCGAACUCUCUUUUGCGAACUCACUUCUUAGAUUCAUCCAAAGAUAAGAAAUUAACUCCUUCUUUGGACCAUAGAUUUAUAGCUCCUUAUCAAAUUAUUUGCAAUUGUUUGUGCUCAAAUGAAAAUUCGUGCAUUAAAAAAAAUAAAAUAACUAUUCAUCAUCAUUUAAGUAAUUCCCUCUCUGCUUCAUAA